AUGUUCCCCGCGCAGGACUCUGUGCCCCGCGGCGGGCUGAACCUGAAGGAGGAGCCGCUGCUGCCCGCCGGCUUGGGCUCGGUGCGCUCCUGGAUGCAGGGCGCGGGCAUCCUGGACGCCAGCACCGCGGCGCAGAGCGGCGUGGGCCUGGCGCGCGCACAUUUUGAGAAGCAGCCCCCCUCCAACCUCAGGAAAUCCAACUUCUUCCACUUCGUGCUGGCCAUGUAUGACCGGCAGGGGCAGCCCGUGGAGGUGGAGCGCACGGCCUUCAUCGAUUUCGUGGAAAAGGACCGAGAACCUGGAGCUGAAAAGACCAACAACGGGGUCCACUACCGCCUCCGGCUGGUGUAUAACAAUGGACUUCGGACGGAGCAGGACCUCUAUGUGCGCCUCAUUGACUCCAUGUCCAAGCAGGCCAUCAUCUAUGAGGGGCAGGACAAGAACCCUGAAAUGUGCCGAGUGCUACUCACCCAUGAAAUCAUGUGCAGCCGGUGCUGUGACCGGAAGAGCUGUGGCAACCGGAAUGAGACGCCCUCUGACCCGGUCAUUAUUGACAGGUUCUUCCUCAAAUUCUUCCUCAAGUGCAACCAGAACUGCCUAAAGAAUGCAGGGAAUCCCCGAGACAUGCGCCGCUUCCAGGUGGUGGUGUCCACCACGGUGAGCGUGGACGGACACGUGCUGGCCGUGUCUGACAACAUGUUUGUGCACAACAACUCCAAGCAUGGUCGCAGGGCGCGCCGCCUGGACCCCUCUGAAGCUGCCACCCCCUGUAUCAAGGCCAUCAGCCCCGGGGAGGGCUGGACCACAGGAGGCGCCACCGUCAUUGUCAUCGGCGACAAUUUCUUCGACGGGUUGCAGGUCGUGUUCGGGAACGUGCUCGUGUGGAGCGAGCUCAUCACGCCCCACGCCAUACGGGUUCAGACGCCCCCGCGGCACAUUCCCGGGGUGGUGGAGGUGACCCUGUCCUACAAGUCCAAGCAAUUUUGCAAGGGAGCCCCCGGCCGUUUUGUCUACACAGCCCUGAAUGAGCCCACCAUCGACUACGGAUUCCAGAGGCUACAGAAAGCCAUCCCCAGACACCCCGGAGAUCCCGAGAGGCUGCCCAAGGAAGUGCUGUUGAAGCGGGCGGCCGACUUGGCGGAGGCCCUGUACGGAGUGCCCAGCAGUAACCAGGAGCUCCUCCUGAAGCGCGCGGCGGACGUGGCCGAGGCUCUGUACAGCGCCCCCCGCGCGCCCGCGCCGCUCGGACCCCUGGCCCCGAGCCACCCGCACCCCGCCGUCGUGGGCAUCAACGCCUUCAGCAGCCCGCUGGCCAUCGCCGUCGGGGACGCCACGCCGGGCCCGGAGCCGGGCUACGCGCGCAGCUGCGGCAGCGCGUCCCCGCGCGGGUUCGCGCCCAGCCCCGGCUCGCAGCAGAGCAGCUACGGCAGCGGCCUCGGCGCCGGCCUCGGCGGCUACGGGGCGCCGGGCGUGACCGGCCUCGGCGUGCCCGGGUCCCCUAGCUUCCUCAAUGGCUCCACGGCCACCUCGCCCUUCGCCAUCAUGCCCUCUAGCCCCCCGCUGGCCGCUGCCUCCUCCAUGUCCCUCCCGGCCGCUGCCCCCACCACCAGCGUCUUCUCCUUCUCGCCUGUCAACAUGAUCUCCGCUGUCAAACAGAGGAGCGCCUUCGCCCCCGUGCUGCGCCCACCCAGCUCCCCACCCCAGGCCUGCCCGAGAGCCCAUGGAGAGGGACUUGCAGACCAGCCUUUUGAGGAUUCCGACAAGUUCCACUCUUCAGCCCGGGGGCUUCAGGGCCUGGCGUACUCCUAAUCACGGUCUGCAGGUGUUGCCCCCACUGAGCCCGGACUGGAGGUUCCUCUGGGCUAUACACUCAUGUCCUGGACGGCAGCACAGAGAGAUGUGGACCCAGGGCUUCGGGCAGACAUCCACCCAAAGGCCUGAAUAGGCCUCCUUGUGCUUGAGGCCUCCAGCCCCCCGGGCUUCUCUCACCUCCCUUUCUCGGGGCUGGUCGGAAGCCCUAGCACUGUGCUGAUGCUUUUGGCAGGAGAGCCUCCCGGGGAGGUACCGGGA